GAGACACAAACACUCCUCUGGAGAGUGAGCUCAAAGCUGGAAGAUCCCUCAGGGAUUUGCAUGGUGCCUUCAAACCCUCCCGAUGCCAGGUACUACAGCGAAGAGAGCGAGGUGGAUCUGCGCGACCCCAUCAAGGACUACGAGCUCUACAGGGAGACCUGCCAGGAGCUCCAGAGGCUCAUGGCAGAGAUCCAGGAGCUGAAGAGCCGGGGCAUCAAGGAGAAUGCUGGCAGAGAAAUACAAGGAGUGCCUGACCAGCAAGGAGAAGAUCCUGAAGGAGAUUGAGGUGAAGAAGGAAUAUCUGAGCAGCCUCCAGCCUCGACUCAACAGCAUCAUGCAGGCCUCCCUCCCUGUGCAGGAGUACCUGUUCAUGCCCUUCGACCAGGCUCACAAGCAGUACGAGACCGCCCGGCACCUCCCGCCGCCUCUCUACGUCCUCUUCGUCCAAGCCAGUGCCUAUGGACAGGCCUGUGAUAAGAAGCUGGUGGUGGCCAUUGAAGGGAGUGUGGAGGAAGCCAAGGCCCUUUAUAAGCCACCUGAGGACUCCCAGGAUGAUGAGAGCGAUUCCGACGCCGAGGAGGAGCAAACCACGAAGCGGCGCAGGCCCACCCUGGGUGUGCAGCUGGACGACAAACGCAAGGAGAUGCUGAAGAGACACCCCUUGUCUGUCACACUGGACCUGAAGUGCAAAGAUGAGAACGUGCUUCACCUGACCUUCCACUACCUGAUGAACCUCAACGUCAUGACAGUGAAAGCCAAGGUGACCACUGCCAUGGAGAUGACCACGGCCAUCAGUGCUGGGGACCUGCUCUCCCCAGACUCCCUCCUCAACUGCCUCUAUCCAGGGGACCACGGCAGGAAAACGCCCAACCCGGCCAACCAGUUCCAGUUUGAUAAAGUGGGCAUCCUGACCCUGAGUGACUAUGUGACAGAGCUGGGACACCCCUAUGUGUGGGUGCAGAAGCUGGGCGGCCUGCAUUUCCCCAAGGAGCAGCCUCAGCACACGGUGGCUGCUGACAAUUCCCUGAGUGCCAGCCACAUGGAGCUGACAGUGAAGCUGCUCCGGAGCCGCCUGCAGUCCCGCCUGGCCCUGCACAAGCAGUUUGCAUCCCUAGAGCACGGCGUUGUGCCGGUGUCCAGCGAGUGCCAGCAGCUCUUCCCCACCAAGAUCGUCUCCCGCCUGGUGAAGUGGACUGCCAUUCCCUAUGAGGAUUAUGCUGAGCUGCCCUACACUAAGGAUGUGAUAGAGGCUGGCUUGGCUGAAGACACUCACCUCUACUACAUGGCCCUGAUAGAGAGGGGAACAGCCAAGCUCCAGGCAGCUGUGGUGCUGAACCCUGGUUAUUCCACGCUGCCUCCUGUCUUCAGCCUGUGCCUCAACUGGAAGGGAGAGAGGAACAGCAGCAACGACGACAACAUUCGGGCCAUGGAGAGCGAGGUCAAUGUCUACUACAAGGAGCUGUGGGGGCCCAAACCUGGCUACCAGCUGCUCACCAACCAGCUGCAGCGGCUGUGCAUGGUGCUGGACGUGUACCUGGAGACAGAGCCCCACGAUCCCAGCGUGGAGGGGCCCAAGGAGUUUCCCCAGGAGAAGAUGUGUCUGCGCCUGGUCAGGGGUCCCCUGCGCCUGAAACCCUUCAAGUUCAACUACCCCCAGGGGUUCUUCAGCCACCGCUGAGCAGCCCUGGGGCUCACUCUGGGAUGGGACUCGUACACUCCAUGGGAGGAGUGUUCACAUCCUGACGUUUCUGCUCCUUUUACAAUGUUUUGGGGUUUGUUUGAAGGUUUUGUAGUCAAAGGGAUUAAACUGAGCUAAAGAAAAACUA